AAUCUCCAAGACAUUCUAAGGCUUCCAAAGUACAGAAAAGCUGUCUCUCAUAGCUUAUUACAUAUCAGAAAACAAAAAGGAAGCCAAAAGAUGAGCUUCACCGACCAGAUUCAUCAAAACAAAAGUCAUAAAGAUCACCAUCAAGAUCCCUGCCUCCAUGCCUUGAUCCAAACAGGUGGACACACAUGCACUGCCGUGUUAAACGCAGCCUGUGAUCUGAACCUCUUUGAUAUCAUCGCAAAGGGAAGCCCAAACAAUGGCGGUGGCCUGAUUACCGUGUCUGAGAUUGCUUCUCAGCUUCCUGUUCCGAUGUCUAAGGUGUCCACGUCAAAACUCGACCGCGUGCUUCGUUUUCUGGUGAGUUUCUCAGUCCUCACCUGCUCUGCUCGCUCCAACGAAGAAGACGGAAGCAUGGAGAAGCUGUACGGACUCUCCCCCACCGGAAAAUACUUCCUCAAGAAACAAGACGGUACUCCUGCCUGGGCUUCCUUGUUCCCCAAGCUUUCUUACCACCCGUACAUGGCUCGAGUCUGGCUACACUGCAAGGAGGCGGUCCUGGACGGAGGAGUGGACAUAUUCAUUAAGAAAUUGAAUGGACAGAGAAUGUACGAGUACGUGGAGAAGGAUGUAGAGCUGAAGAACUUGUUUCAGAGGACAAUGGCAGAAAUAUCUGCACUGCACAUGGAAAAGAUUCUGGAAGUGUACAAAGGCUUCGAAGGAAUAUCUCAGCUCGUGGACGUGGCUGGUGGUAUUGGUCAGAGCCUCAUGAUGAUCAUCUCCAAGUAUCCUUCUUUACAUGGUGUUAAUUUUGACCUGCCGCGUGUUGUCCAAGACGCCCCUCACUUCCCAGGACUGACACAUGUAGGAGGGGACAUGUUCAAGAGUGUUCCGGAAGGAGAAGCUAUAAUGAUCAAGGGAACAACUCAUAACUGGUCGGACGAGAAGUGCGUGCUACUGUUUAGGAAUUGCCGCGAAGCAUUGAAGGAAGGUGGAAAGGUGAUAGUAAUAGACCUGAUGAUGCCACAAGAUCCAGAAAUGACCAUGUCUGCAAAAUAUCUGAGCCUCCUUGACUCUGUCAUGUUGCUGCAAGGAGGUGGAAUGGAAAGAACUGAGAAGGAGUUUGAGAUUCUGUGCAAGAGAGCUGGCUUUUCUCGCUUCAACCUUGCUUGUCGUGCUUUGUCCAAUGUCUUAGGAGUCAUGGAAUUUUAUAAAUAAGCUCAUUAGCUAUUGUGUUUUGCCUCAUAUAUAAGAUCAGUGGAGCUCGGGUUUGGUCAUUUAUCCUCAAGGAAUAGGAUGACAACGUUAGCAGUGUAUUUUAUCAUACUGUGUCUGUAUUAAUUGUGGCGUGUGUGUUGAUUAAAAAUAAUACAAUCUGCUGUGUUAUCAUCAGUAUUUCAUUUUCAA